AUGGCUAUGACAUCAUUGACCCCCGAAGAAAUCCGCUUAUUGUUCAUAAAGAAGGAACGAGAUAUGCUAAUCUAUGGCUUUAACUAUUUGGACAUCUUAUCCAUAUACCACCCAAGGUAUUACAACACUGGUGUACUCCCAAAGGCAAUUGACUUGUACUUCUACCCUCACCCACAGAUGAGCGGAAAAGUCAUGAGCGACAAUCUCAUUCUCUCAUCUAAUCAAGAAGACGGAACUGCACAACACUUAAGGCAGGAAAAAGCAGAGGAAAAACAGGAAACAGAAAUCAAGGAAGACAGCCACUUGGGUACUGAAAAGACGGUACCACUCAGCGACUCAUCAAAGAGUUCUAUAUCAGUUCCACAUCAAGUGGAAACUGUGAAAGAAACACCAAUACAGGAAGCUGAAGAUGACGACGCAACGAUCACGGAAGACGAUGCUGACAUCAGGGCGCUACGAAAAAAACUUGCCAGAGAGCAGAAGAUGAAAGAGAAGAUGGGGAAGAAGCCACGGAACAUAAAAACAAGAAGAAAUGGGAAACCAAAAACAAUAGUGGACUCCGACGAGAUCACUAACGUUGAGGCGAAGAAGCGCGUUGUGUCGAAGGUCCGCACGCGUGCGUCGACAAAACGGAAAAAUUCCCUUGACGCCUGA